CUCCCCCCUUACCGGGAGUCUGUGGGGACACGGUGGGUCACGGGCAGGAGACAGAGAGAGAGAAAGAAAGCGAUGGAGGGUUUGCGAUUUUGUUUUGUUUCUGCCAUCGUUGAUGUCGUCACCCGCUUACUCAUUUGCGGUUAGCGUUUGACUGUAUUUUACGGCGCGCUGCUUUAGCGGCACAAAGGUCUGUUGACGUGCAAAUAAAGCAUAUUUAAAUUUGAACUUGAGAGGGAGGGAGUGAGGGAGAGGCUGGGGGUGGGGCGGUCAGAAACGGGAGGGCCAGGCCGCUGCUUCUCCACGGCCCUCCUGUUAUAAUGCUGAGCCGCUUUCACAGAACAGCAGUGCUGAUGACGAGAGAGAGAGAGAGAGAGAGAGGUAGAGAGAGAGAGAGGGAGCAGAAGGAAGAUCCAGCCACAGUCUUUUUCUAAUUCCCUCCUCUUUCUUUUGCCGCUUUCAGUGCUCUCUCCUGUCAUCCCUUCCUACCUCUCCCUGCCUCCACAGCCACGACUCCACGCCUCCCUCUCCCUGCUCCUCAUCCACUGAGCUGCAGCAGUGAAUGAGCCCCCUCUAUCUCGGACUCAAGCAGACAGUAAGACAGAGAGAGUGAGAGACAGAGAGAGAGAGAGAGAGAGGGUGAGGAGGGAGAGAGAGAGCAAGAAAGGGUGAGGAGGAAGAGAGAGAGCGACAGAGAGAGACGGGGUGAGGAGGGAGAGAGAGACAGCGAGAGAAAGGGAGAGGAGGGAGAGAAAGAGAGAGCAGAGAGAGAGAGGUGAGAGAGAGCAAAAGAGAGCGUGAGGGGGAGGGAGCAGGAGCGUGUGUGUGUGCGCGCGCGCUUGUGUGUGUGUGUGUGUGUGUGCGCUUGAAGGAUACAGAGAUUGAGACUGCAACAGAAGUAGAGGGAUGUGCAUGGCUUGGCUGCAGCUGUCCUUGCAGUCUGGAGAGAGCGCUCGGCGGCGUAGAGCAGACCGGCGUGGAAGGCAAGCCCUGGACACGGAGCUAUAAAGAGAGAGAGCUGCGCACCCCAGAAAGAGGAGGGCAGAAGUGCGUGCUUUUCCGGUCCCUCCAGGUGUCAUGCAGGAUUCUCUGAGCGUUUCUCUGGCAACGGCGCCGUGGAUUUUGCGCGAGCCGCUCGGUCUCUCUCCGGGGAAACGCUUGCAGGCUUACCUCCUCCCGCCAGACUGCGGUGGUCUUUUCCCUCGGUGAAAGCCCACAACUUCUUGCUGAGGAAGGGGGGGGGGGUUUGAAGAGGGCAAUCGACAAGAAAAAUAUAACUGAAUGAUACAUUAAUCUGCAGACCCUGUAUGACUAAGGAUUCCCUUAGCAACAGCUGAAGGAGUUAUAUUAAUUGGUCGUUUUUUUGUUUUUGUUUUUGGCUUGCUCCCAGCUUCCUGGUUUUUUGGUGGUUCCCCUAUGGACGCGUGUCGGGGAGUGGAUUGGGGUGCUGGACGGCCAUGAAUAGGGGCAUGACAGACGUCGGAGGGAGAGCCGAGCGUCCCCACUGCCUGGACCUUACGCCCUACGUCCCCUGCUCUACCUGGCCCCUCUUCUGAACGGGCAACAUUUUUUGACGAGUUGCUGUAUCUCUUUUUUUAUACCAGUUUCUUCCUUUUCUGCAACCCGAGAAUCAAAAAGAUGCUAAAACAGGGACUGUUGAUUCCAGGCUUCCUUCCUUCUUUCCUCCUGGACAAAAUAACAAACAAAAAAUAAAAGGGACGUGUCACAGAGGUCCCAGAGGAGAGGGCCACGUGCAGCCAGUGAAUUUUUUGACGUGGGAGUAAAGACAACUCCAGCCCAGGGCCAUUGGAAUAACCAGGGAUAACAUCAUUGCAUUGAACACUGUCCAAUGUUUUUUCUUUUUUCUUUUUUCAUUUUUCUUCCCCUCAUUAGCCCACAAGACAAAUUCACACCGGGGAGAUAAAUUUAGAAAGAAUAAGAAUCUCAUCCCUACUGGCUAACAAUGAUUUAGGACAAAACUAUUUUAAAGAAAUUGAGCUAGCGCUGGGAGUUCUAUUUUUCCAUUAGCGCUGGAUACCGCAGCGCUACAGGGGAGGUCAGAAUGAAUCCCUUGUUCGGGUCGACAGCCGCGGUUGCUCACGCUUUCCCCGGGUGACCCGCGACAGGGGAACGACCGAGGCACAGCGCUGGAGAAUCGUUUAGGAAUGACUGACAGGGGAAAGUGAAGAGCGACGGAGGAAACUCCAACAUACAGACUACAGUGACACACACCGCUCUGUACGGUCUCCAUAGAGGCAGAGACACACGCGCAUGUAAAGGCAUAGACAGUACACAUAUACAGGCACACAUUUGUACACGCAGACACACACACACACACACACAUACACACGCACACACACACACAUGCUCUCAAACAGCGAUGAGUAGGCUCCGUCUCUCAUUAUGUAAGGAUUCUCGCCGACUAGGUCUCCCGCCGUCUUCCCCACCGGCUUUGCGGCGUUCCCCCGGCGCCCCGCUCCCUCUCCCUCUCCCUCUCCCUCUCCCGCCGCGUUUCCCCGCCGACCGAGGGACAUGGGCCCGUGGACGCGACGCGCGGACAGCUAGACGACAGGAGCGGCGUCCACUGCCCAGGUGCUUCUAAGAUGUUGAGAUCUCCCUCCGACUCCGGGGCUCCCGUUUGGAUCAGUACCGCCGCCGCCGCCGCCGCGGCUCCUCGUGGCCAGAGACAUGGACCCCGAAUCGGCUCCCCCCCGACCACAGCGCGCCGCCCCCCGGCCCCACGCCGCCCUGUGAAGGAUGUCCCUCAGCAGAGCGCCAGCCCGGGACACCUCUGAAACACCUCCCAGCCAGAGAGAGCGAAUCCGCAGCCACAUGAAGAUGGUGAUCGACCAGCUGGAAGGCAUCCUCAAGGAGCUCAAGGAUGUGGCCAAGGAGCUUCGGGAGGUGGUCGGUCAGAUUGACCAGCUCACGUCCGACUUUGACUUUGACCUGGAGCCGGACGACUGGACGGUCGCCACGGCGAGCAGCACGUCCAGCAGCGAGAGGGGUCUGGGCGACGCCUUCCGGCUGGACUUCCUCAACCCGGACGUGCUCUCCGACAGCUGGGAGUUCUGCAGCUUCCUGGAGAGCUCGCUGUCUCCGAGCGCCGCGCCGCCCCAGAAACCUCCCGAACGGGCAGAGGAGGAGGAGGAGGAGGAGGAGGAGAAGGAGUCGCGGCCGGCGCGGGCGAGAGCGACCGCGACCUCGCCCGGGACCGCGCCCGCGACCGCCACGGCGUACUCGCAGAUGAACGGGGGCCUCCCCAUCCCCAACGGGCCCCUGAUCGUCACCCCGGACUCCUCCAGCGAAGAGGCGACCAGCUCCACGCACAGUCACAAGGCCUCCCGCAACUCCGGCACCAGGGAGCGGGUCCGCUUCAGCGACAAGAUCCUGUACCACGCCCUGUGCUGCGACGACGACGAGGACGAGGAGGAAGAGGGGGAGGAGGAGGAGGGAGGCUGCGGGACGCCGGAGACGGACAACGAGCUCAGCCCGCCGGUCGCCUCGCCCACGGCCACGCCCCCGGCCACGCCCAAGCUCCCGCCCUCCGAACACUCCCACCACAACUGCCUGGACCCCUCCCCUCUCCCCUCGUCCUUGCGGGCGGGCGGGGGGCAGACGGCUUUGGGAAACCCCACGCCUGCCAAAAAGGGUCUCCUCAACCCGGGCUGCCGAAAGAAACUGGUACGGAACAGCAGCACGCAGACCGUGUCGGACAAGAGUACCCAAACUGUACUGCCCUAUAUACCAGCCAAACAGAAAACAAAGGACCUGCAUUGAGACGACACAAACACUUCAAACGAGACAAAUAAAGGGACCGUGUACACUUUAAUAUCGAAUAUAUAGAAAAUAGAUUAAUAUACGAAUAAGUACAUAAAUAUUAUAAAAUUAAAUAAAUGAUAUGUGGGAAAUCUCUCGACUACCUAACGUCAUUUUGAGGCUCAGGGAAAUAAAGACUAGAAAUAAUAUUCCACAGAAAUGGAAAACCUGUUCCUUAGAACCGGACCAAAACGGUGGGAGUCCUGAAGGUUUGUUAUCCCUUAAAGCACUAAUGUAGUUCCCUACACCUUCAGAAUUUACUGGAAGAGUGUGAUUUAUUUACGGGAGAUGUGUGAGAAAGAUCAAAUUUUUUGGUAAGCUGCCAUCUAACAGCGUGUACAAUUUUUGUUCUACGAAACCAUACAUGGUCAAUCAAUGGCAUAAAGUUUUCUUGCAGUACACACACUAGGUGUAAACUUUAGUCCU